AACAAACAGUCUGUUUGAUCAACACCGUGCCUGUCAUUUCGGCGCACACAUGCGCAUUGCCUCGGUGCAGCCCGUCCUCGCGAUUGGCUCGAGCGCGUUUGUUAUUGGUAGUGACGUAUGUAAAGUGACGACCCUCCCGUUGUGCGGUGCCUCCGUCUGUGCGCUUCUAGAGCCACGGUCCUCACUUCAGUGUUUAUUUGGUUGUCAUGGCGGAGGGACGUGGAGAACUAUUGCCUCAGCCGCCGCUUCACCUCUCCUUACCCCCGGCCAGCAAGCGUCCGUGUUUGCGUCCCGCUCCUCGAGGACCGGGUCCGGGGCCUGGCCCGGGAUUUCCGAACUCUCGUUUCCGUUGCCCGGAAUCUCUACUGGACUGCGCUGCUAAGGCCGUCGCGGAGAAAUGGGCCUUCGAGAGGGUGGAGGAGCGCUUCGAGCGGAUCCCCGAACCGGUUCAGCGCCGUAUCGUGUAUUGGUCGUUCCCGAGGAACGAAAGGGAAAUAUGUAUGUAUUCGUCGUUUCAGUGCCGAGUGGCGGGUGAAGAGGGUCCGGUAGUGGGCUCGAGCUCGUCUGUUGGAUCUGGUACAGUCCCCGGAGGGGUUACGAACACAACAGGCAGCGCAGGGACGGGGGGUACCGGAGAUGGACUGCCUUUCCGCCGGGGAAUCCGGCUUUUGGAAACCGGCUGUGUGGACAACGUCUUACAAGUCGGGUUUCACCUCAGUGGAACAGUCACAGAGCCAGCCACGCAAUCCGAGCCAGAGACGACACACAAGGUGGCCAUCAGCUUCGACCGCUGUAAGAUCACAUCGGUGACAUGUGGCUGUGGCAACCGCGACAUUUUCUAUUGCGCACACGUGGUGGCACUGUCCUUAUAUCGCAUCCGCAAACCCGAGCAAGUCAAACUACGGCUGCCCAUCUCAGAGACACUCUUCCAGAUGAACAGAGACCAGCUGCAAAAGCUGGUGCAGUACCUUAUCACGGCCCACCACACGGAAGUGCUGCCCACCGCACAAAAACUGGCAGAUGAAAUCCUGUCCUCCAACUCUGAGAUCAACCAAGUACAUGGGGCCCCAGAUCCCACAGCAGGGGCCAGUAUUGAUGACGAGAACUGCUGGCACCUGGAUGAGGAGCAAGUGAGGGAACAGGUCAAGCAGUUCCUCUCUCAGGGAGGAUACUAUGGCUCAGGCAAGCAGCUCAACUCCAUGUUUGCCAAGGUGAGGGAAAUGCUUAGGAUGCGUGACUCAAACGGGGCACGGAUGCUCACGCUCAUCACGGAGCAGUUCAUGGCUGACCCGCGUCUAUCUCUAUGGCGACAACAGGGCACAGGAAUGACCGACAAAUGCCGACAACUCUGGGACGAGCUGGGUGCGCUGUGGGUGUGUAUCGUGCUGAACCCGCACUGUAAGAGCGAAGAGAAGAGCGGCUGGUUGAGACAGCUGAAAAAAUGGGGAGACAUGGACAUCUGCCCUCUAGAGGAUGGCAAUUACGGAAGCGAACUGCCCAACAUCACCAAUGCUCUGCCACAGAGCAACCUGGCUCAGGACUCACUGGCUCGGCCUAGAAGAACGGUGUUCACAAGAGCAAUGGAGGCCUGUGACCUGCACUGGCAGGAUAGUCACUUGCAGAGAAUCAUCAGUAGUGACUUCUACAUGUCCCCAGCCUACCAGAGAGAGGGAGAGAGCCUACUCUUCAACCCCCAGGGCCUGCCACUGUGGCUGGAUCACGUGCCUACAGCAUGCGCCAGGGUGGAUGCGCUGCGUUCCCAUGGUUACCCCAGAGAAGCCUUGCGACUGGCUGUUGCCAUAAUCAACACCCUCCGGCUCCAACAGCAACGGCAAUUAGACAUAUACAAACAUCAGAAGAAAGAACUGCUGCAAAGGGGAAUGACCAACACCACCAAUCUGGAGGGCUGGGUGGGCCACCCCCUUGACCCCAUUGGCUGCCUUUUCGCCACCCUCACGGAGACGUGUCGAGUUGAGGAUGACAAUACCAUGGAUACCGGAGAUUCUGGUGAGCCCAAGCCUCCAGUGUACCAGCAUGUGCCAGUGUGGGGAUGUCCAGACGGAGGGGAGUCAUACCUGGCGCUGGCGCUAGAGGUGGCGCUGAUGGGUAUGGGGCAGCAGCGGCUGAUGCCCGAGGGCCUGUAUGCCCAAGACAAGGUGUGCCGGAACGAGGAGCAGAUUGUGGCCAAGCUGCAGGAGAUGGUGCUGGAUGAUGUUUUAGUGCAGACACUCCGCAAACAAGCCAUCCUCCUUUUAGAAGGUGGUCCCUUCAGUGGUCUGGGCGAGGUCAUCCACAGGGAGAGUGUUCCCAUGCACACAUUUGCCAAGUACUUGUUCACCGCUCUCCUGCCGCACGACACAGACCUAGCGUAUAAACUGGGCCUUCGUGCAAUGAGGCUUCCAGUGCUGGAGUCCACGGCUCCCUCAGGUGACGUAGGGCACCCUCACCAUGGCAUUUCCAUAGUGCCCAGCAGAUACCCACGCUGGUUCACAUUGGGCCACCUGGAGUCUCAGCAGUGUGAACUGGCCUCCACCAUGCUUACUGCUGCUAAGGGUGACAUGUUGAGAUUGCGGACUGUUUUGGAGGCCAUUCAGAAGCACAUCCACUCCUCUUCCCUCAUCUUCAAAUUGGCACAGGACGCCUUCAAGAUCGCUACUCCUGCAGAUAACCCUCCUGACAUCACGCUGCUCAAUGUAGCGCUGGAGCUCGGUCUCCAGGUGAUGAGGAUGACUCUUUCCACACUCAACUGGAGGCGGAGGGAGAUGGUUCGCUGGCUAGUCACAUGUGCUACAGAAGUCGGUUUGAGAGCAUUGGUCAGCAUAUUGCAAAGCUGGUACACUCUCUUCACCCCCACCGAGGCAACCAGCAUAGUGGCAGCCACAGUGAUGUCCCACAACACUAUCCUGCGCCUAAGCCUCGACUACCCACAGCGGGAGGAACUCGCCAGCUGCGCGCGCACCCUGGCCCUGCAGUGCGCUAUGAAGGACCCCCAAAACUGCGCCCUGUCCGCCCUCACCCUUUGCGAGAAGGACCACAUCGCCUUCGAGACGGCUUACCAGAUAGUCAUCGACGCCGCCUCCACGGGCAUGACCUACUCUCAGCUCUUCACCAUCGCCCGCUACAUGGAGCACCGCGGCUACCCCCUUCGAGCCUUCAAACUGGCGUCUCUCGCCAUGACCCACUUGAACCUGGCUUACAACCAAGACACGCAUCCGGCCAUCAACGACGUGCUGUGGGCUUGCGCUCUCAGCCACUCGCUGGGCAAGAACGAGCUGGCCGCCAUCAUCCCCCUGGUGGUGAAAAGCGUACACUGCGCCACGGUGCUCUCAGACAUUCUUCGGCGCUGCACAAUGACAGCCCCUGGCCUGGCUGGCAUCCCUGGCAGACGUAACUCGGGCAAGCUUAUGAGCACUGACAAAGCCCCGUUGAGACAGCUGCUGGACGCCACCAUCAGCGCCUACAUUAACACCACCCACUCCCGCCUCACGCACAUCAGCCCGCGCCACUACGGAGAGUUUAUUGAGUUCCUUAGUAAGGCACGUGAGACCUUCUUAUUGGCCCAAGAUGGCCACAUUCAGUUCGCCCAGUUUAUAGACAACCUUAAACAGAUCUAUAAGGGCAAGAAGAAACUCAUGAUGUUGGUACGGGAACGUUUCGGUUGAAAAACUCAUUCUUCUUUCAUUCUUCAUUUAUUUAAGGCAUUAUUUUAUUAUUCCUUUUUUGGUCAUCUUUGGUGAAAUUUUUAAGUUUUAUCCGUUUGUUUUGAUCUGUUUCGUCUUUUUUUUUAAUUUUUUUUUUUUUAUUAUUAUUAUUAUUAUUAUUAUUAUUAUUAUGAACAAUUCUUGUUCACCAAGUUAUUCUACCAGGUCGAACCUGUGGAGGGGAGAAGAACAACUGUAAUUAUGACCGCUUAUGUUUUUGUUUUGGCUCAUUCUUGAUUUCGUUUAAUCAAGAUAUUGUGAUAAAAAUGUAAAAGUGGCACAUAAAGAGAAACCAAAUGAUUAUGUGGUAAAUUUUGAGCGUGGGGGAGGCGUUUGGUUGGUUUUGGAAAGGGGACACUCUAAUCGAAAUGGUCAUUCCUGAAACACUCGCACACAGUGUUAUCAGCAUACCUCGGUCGUAUUUUACGGAUCAGCUUUAACUCUCUCUGGAAAAGGCCUGAUUUUAAGAGUGAGACAGGCACAUCACCUCAAACUUAAACUGAAACUCUGUCGAACCUCCUAACCAUGACUCAAGCGAGCCACAAGACGUGAGCCCUCCCCUCUCUCCUGUGUUUGUUCCUAUCGGCUCAUCUUAAUCUCUGUGCAAAAAUUCAGUGCAGGAAAGACAACGACGUAAGAGAAUACCUGUGUGCUCGAUCCUUCCACGCUGUUUCCUGGUCUUACUGAAUUUGAACAAGACAGAGAUAUUUACCCAUCAUUAUCAGCCAUAUGUUUCUCUGUUACCUCUCAGUGGAAAAACAAAAACAGAAACAAAAAGACUUGUGUGAGAUUGAGUAGCAGUAAUAAUAUAUAUGUACUAGCACUUCAUUAAAUUCCAUCCCCUACACGACGCAUUCGGAUCAGCAAUUACUUACUGUGUACAAAUUAGGUGAAUUGUAUAGAUGCAUUUGACAAAAAUGGCUAUAUUGGCAGAAUAAGAAAUUAGCUGGCUUUAAACUGUAAUAUCUUCCACAUUCCAUGACCUCCGCCCUCCACAAGUGCCCCAGUGGAUCCGAACACUUAGAAUGCACUCUGCGGCUUCCAUCUGAAGGAAAACGAGAAGAGAGGAAACGAGAAAAGAUAUGCUCAACUCCGUUCUCAGGGAAUCACUUAAAGAAACAAAACAGAAAAAAUAGUAGCAUAAGCAUUUAAGAUAUUGUAAAUAUGAAAGUGUCAAUUCAAAAAAUUGUAAAGUUAUAAUUAUUUAUGAUGACUGUAUGUUUUUCUUUUCGGAUACUUGAAUUUGUUGGGCUGGGAAUGUGACGACCGUAAGAGGAAAGACUUCAGAAACAUUUCUCAGGUGCUCCUGUGUACAUUUCUGAUUAACUGUUUUAUUUGUAUCCUUUUUUUUGUAAUACCUUUUUGCAAGAAGCAGCAUGUAAAGAAUAAGAAGAAAGGAGAGGACAAACGUUUAUGAACAGACUAUGCAGAACCACUUCAUGAUUUGCUCUCUUCCCCCCUGAUCCUCCUCCGUCUUUUCUCCUUGUUUGGGGGUGGGGGCGCUCUCCCAAAAUUCAACCGUUUGUAUCUGUAAGUAAAGUAAUCUGCACGAGCUUCAAGUUUGGAUGGACUUUGCCUUUGAUCUACAUACAACUCUUUACUUUGAAGCCUUAUAGUCUUCUCUGAAAGCACUCUGCACGUGUUUCAGGACAUUGUGUUGCCAAUGUCGGUGGAGUACAGCAUAGAGAAAAUGGACCUACACCUUCCACUGGCCCAAACAAGGAAGAAGGGCAUCCGGUAUUUUAUUCUCCUUCGCUUCGACGUGGUCGACGUACUUUAGGGUCGUGAUUUAUCUUGUAUUGGGGCUUUUUGAGGCCAAUAAGGUCUGUUUUGAGGUUGCGACUUGAUAUUGCCUAAUUGAGACCUUGAUAGAUGCUUCACUAGUGGCUAAAUCUUGAGGAGAUUUCUCAAUGUUGUUGGUUAAGGUUGGUCACUUUCAUUUAAGUAGUUUGCUGGUUUAAAUUUUUGGUUAUUUUCGUUCAUAGAGUUUGUCAUACUAGUUGCUUCAGUUGUGGCAUACUCGGACCACAAGGUGUUAGUCACGUUAUGCAGCCUUUGCUCCUCAACCUGCUCUGUCAGGGAGCUCAGUGGAUGGACCUGAGAGAAAGCUCACAGAUUAGGAAAAUUUUAUUUAUUUUUUUUAUAAACACACAUCUGCAGAAUGAUAAUAGUGCUGCCUGUUCAAUUAAAAAAAAUAAAAACUAUAUAAAAAGGAGAAAAAAGAAAAGAAAAGGAAAAAAAAAAACGAGCAUUUUCUGUAGCUAACUAGUUGGUCCAAUGGCAUCUCAAAAAGAGAAUAACCUCCUCUGGCUUUUGAUUUCUCUCUUCCAUACUCUUAAGUGUCUGUAUGUGUUAACUGUACCAGUGUUUUGAUCUGUCCCUAGAGUUUAGAAGGAAAAAAAAUAAUCGCUGGUAGAGAUUGUUCACUAGUUCAUCUACUGUUUGAUUUUGUUUCGUUUUAAUUUAAGGGAAAGUGUUUGUCGCCUCUUUGUGCUACUGAAUUAUAAAAAGGUAUCCAGUAUUUGUUGCCACAAAAGUAUAGUUCAUCAACACUUUUUGUUUGUGCAACCUCUUGAGCUAAUGUCUAUAAACAAAAAUUUAUUACUAUUUAUGUAAUGCUACUACCAUUUUAUAUGAUUUGUGUUGAAUUUCAGUGCUUUUCUAUGAAUAAAGUGUGAAACACGU